AUGAUAGCCAAAAACUUCCUCGAUUUUUCCUGUUCUUUUCAUUCAUCUAUGUUUCUGCACAUAAAAUCUCCGAGAAAUGAGGUCCUAAGCAUUGUUAUGAUGCAUGAUGCUAAAGUAGGCAUCACAACUGGAGUAUCAGCUUCGGAUAGAGCAAAAACAGCUGCUGCUCUUGCAUCUCCGAACUUUAAGCCUGAAGAUUUCAGGAGGCCUGGUCAUGUUUUUCCCCUCAAGUAUAAAAAUGGUGGGGUUCUAAGGAGAGCAGGACAUACUGAAUCUUCUGUUGAUUUGGUUAUGUUGGCUGAAUUAAGACCAGUUUCAGUUCUUUCAGCCAUUAUUGAUCAAGAUGAUGGCUCAAUGGCCUCUUUAACCACUUUAAGAAAACUCUCUUUGGAGCACAACAUUCCUAUUGUCUCCAUUACUGAUUUAAUCAGAUAUGAAAGAAAGAGGGAAAGAUUGGUAUAA